AGGAAGGGGAGGGCCGGGUCGGGCCGGGCCGUUCUGUGGAGGGCUUGUGGUGUCGGUACCGCCGCUCCCCGCUUCCCCCCACACCCACCCCGGGGCCGCUCCUUUGCUUCCCCGCGUCCCGCAGCAGCCGCGGGGCAGCGCCCGGCAGCCCCCGGCGCCAUGUCGGAGCCUGUGACGGGGCGGCAGCCGCUGCCCGCGGCGCAUGGUGACAAGAAGGCAACUGGAGCUUCUUCCAAACCAGAAGAGGAAAAAGCAGAAGCAUCAGAGAAAAAAUCAGGAAGUGCUGAUGUCAGCCAGUCCAAGACACCAGCAGCUGGAGCACCUCCUGCUGUUAAGAAGCAGUCCCCCUCUGUGGAUGCAUCAAAGCCACAAAUUAUGGAGCCAUCUGAAACAAAGCCCACACCAACAACCAAAUCAGAACCUGGAAAAAGCACACAGCCAAACAAGGCAUCAGACUCUCAAAAUGAACAGAUGUCUGAGGAGAGGAAAAAGGAGCCCAAUGAUGGAAAAAGCCAAACCUCACCUUCUGUGACAGCAACUUCUGAAGCAAAUAACGCAGGAAAAGUAACUGUAACUCAAUCUGACCAGCCCCCACAAGCAACCUCCACAGGGACAGCAAAGCCUAAACCUGAGAUGUCCGUGGUGUCUGGCACAGCUGGUGCAGGUGCAGCUGGCACAAGUGUGGUUACUGCAGCUGAGAAGUCCAGUGCUGAGGCUGGCAUGGAUGAGUCUGCACUAGACAGCCUGAUAGACACCCUGGGUGGACCUGAAGAUGAUGUGCCUACAAGUCCUGUUUACACUGGCCCAGCAGUUGUGGAUGUUGUAUCCUCAACAUACCUGGAAGAACUGGGUAAACGAGAGGGUUCUCUUCCUCCAAAGUAUGUUGAAAUGUUGAAGAAAAUAGGGGAUGGCAAAGAUGGAGUCCCACCAAAAGCAAAUGAGCAAGAUGAAAAACCAAUGACAGAUGAUGAGCUUGCAGAGGCCCUGUCAUCUGACUUCACCUGUACUGCUGCUUCUGCUGAAGAAGAGAGCCUGACAGAGAAGAAACCAGGCAAGGAAGGAGAAAUUGUGCAAGCACAAGCAGCAAGUGCAGUCAAGACCUCAGCUCCUCCUAAGGAGAAAAAACCAAAACCACAAGAGGAAGUUAAAGAUGAUGCAAUGGAAGCUCUUCUUGAUACUCUUGGUGGACCUCAACCUGAACCUAAGGCAGAUCUUGGUCCUGUUGUAGAGGUGUCAGAGGCAAAAGCCAAAGAGAAAAAAGAAGAAAAGCCUGGAGAACGUGAUGAUGCAAUACCUCCAGAAUAUAGGUUAACACCAGAACUGGAUAAGGAUGGAAAACCAAUCUUACCAAAGCCUGAAGACAAACCUAAGCCUUUGAGUGACUCUGAUCUUGUUGAUGAACUUUCUAAAGACUUCUCCUGCCCUGCACAGCCUGCAGUACAGCCUAGCCCCCCAAAGCCCAGCAGCACACCCAGGAAGCCUGCAGAUCCUGUGGCUGCCAAGCCCACUGAGGAUGAGGAAGUCCCUCGUGGCACAGCUUGCUCUGUGCAGUCUGCAGCUCCAUCAGCUGUGUCUCCAGUUGGUCAUGCAGCAGAUGAAGCACUGGAAGCCUUGUCCAGCAGCCUAGGACAGAGAGAGCCUGACCCAGAUGAAAAGAAACCUGUUGUGGACAAAGUUAAGGAGAAAACCAAACAGGAAGAACGCAAAAAGCUGGGUGAAGAUGAAGAAACAAUUCCUCCAGAGUACAGAUUAACAGAAGCAAAAGAUAAAGAUGGAAAACCACUCUUAUCAAAACCUGAAGAAAAGCCCCAGCCUAUGAGUGAAAAUGAUCUUUUGGAGGGUUUGACAAAAGGAUUUUCCUCUUCUCCAUCCCCAUCUGCCUCAUUACCUAAAUCAACUGUAAUAAAGAAAACCAAGGAGGCUAAGAAGCCCACAGGUUCCUCAGAUGUUAUCUCUGCUGCUACAGUUUCCUCAGUGCACACUGCAGCUCCUUUAGCUUUCACCUCAGGAGGAAAAGAGAUGGAUGAAGCCUUGGAUCUGCUGUCUGAUUCCCUAGGACAGAGGGAGCCUGACCCUGAUGAGAACAAACCAGUUGUGGAUAAAGUAAAGGAAAAGGCUAAAUCUGAGCACAGAGACAAACUUGGAGAAAGAGAUGAUACUAUCCCACCUGACUACAGAAAGAUGCUCGAGUCAGGUGAGCAGGGGAACCCAGCAAAGGCAACAGCUGAGGAUAAUAGGAAGCAGAAAGGAAAAAAGAAGCCUACAGAUGACUCUGCAGCUAUUGAUGCCCUGUCAGGUGACUUUGAUACUCCUGAAAAGGCUCCUGCCCCACCACAGCACUCAAAGUGUAGGACAAAAGUGGGAAGGAAGCCAUCACCACGAAACCAACCCCAAAGGAAAAAGGAAAACCCAAAGACCCUAAAACGGCAAGGGGACAGUCCUCCAGCAGCAAAUCUGAGAAGCAGAAAACAAGCUAAACGUUAAAGAUCUUGGUGCAGUGUAUAAAACCUCUUCUGUUUGUUGUUGGAUUCCUGAAGAACAAAAGCUGAAGCAAAAGUCACGUGGCUAAUUCUGGGUGGUUUUUGUACACUUGAUAAUUGCUGGACUUUUCUCUUACUUUCUUUUUUCUUCCCAAUAGUAAGGCUAAGGUGUUUUUUUUUUCUUUUCCCUAGCCACUCAGUUUAUUAUACUCAUAUUUUGUAAAUUUUUUUCAGUUUCCAGAGAGAAAGAAUGCUUUAUAUUUGCAAAAAAUAUACUUGAUAAGUGAAUAGCAAUGCCAAAAAAAAAACCACAAACUAAAAACACACCUCUGCAGCCUUUUGCACAUAAUCUCCACAUAGUGCCUGUAGCUCUCCAGAAGGGUUUGUAUGUGCUAGCAUGUUUAACCCUGCAGGGACUGCAUGAGGAGCUCUGGGCACCCUCAGCUCACCUCAUCUGCUCCUGGGGAACCACAGGUGACUGUGGGUGGCUGAAUGGGGGGCUGGGGGUGAACUGCUUCAUCAGACACACCUAGAAACAAAACAGGUAUUUUAGAUGCUGCCUUAAGCCUAGUUAAAACAGCAAAAACACAGCAGAUGAGGAUUUUAGUGUGCUUUGAUUAUUUUUUUUUAUUUCCAAUCGUAUCUGUGCUGUUACUGCAUAAUUUCAGGAGUCUCCUGGGCUGAACAAACACAAACCCUGGUGUAACUAUGACACCCCUUCCCAUCACAGAGGAAAUCAGGAAAAGUGCAUGAGCUUUAGCAGAGAUCAAAGAGGAGGAGUUUGGGUCUACCAGGAGGACUUCUUAAAAAAAGAAAAAAAAAAAAAAAUUAAAUUUUGCACUGGUUCUGGUCCUUGCUCCUGUUCCUGGUGCUCCAGAAGGGAAUGCAGGAGGAACAGGGCAGAAAAUGCCUCCAGGAGCAAUGUCAGACAUUCAGCUGCUCUGUGGGAGACCAGGCAGGAGGAGGAACCUGUCCUGGGGCUGCAGGUGAUGGGGCUGAGGUCCUCCAGGUGCCUCCUCCCCGUGUGUCCCCUCUGCCACCUGCAGAACAUCCUUGCACACCUUGCACCUCCCGUGGCUUGCAGAGGGAGGUGAUGGCAGUGCCUGCACUGACACCACAGCCUUGCAGACAGACAGACAGACAGACAGACAGCCUGGAGAUUUAAGUUGGGGAUAUUUUAGACUUUUCUUGACUGUACUGUGCAGUCUGUGCUGAGAACCUGUGUCACACUAAUAAAAGUUUUUAAGAAGGCA